ACAACAACAGGUUUUGCCUGCUCCUUUACUUCAAGAAACUGUUCACGUUUCCUUGGGCACUAAACAAUCUGAAUUAAAUCUUUAAGGAAUGGUCUAGGCAAGCAGACGUAUUCAAAAUAUUAAUAUCCUGAAUAGCUGCAACACUGGUGAUAAUGUAUGCCAGUGCAUAGACUUGAAAUAUGAACAAACAAUGGCCUUGGUACAGGAAUCUGGCACAAAGGAAUCCAAAAAUUAUAGUCAAGAAAAUGAAGAAACAGUUUUCAAAGGAAAAAUAUUCUGUGCUGGUGAAAUUAAGUUUGAAGGCAUGGGAAGGCAGUUUGGUCAGUUUGUAAGGGUGCCGCAUGAUAUCAAUCCUGGGACAAUAUUUGAGCUCCUAACAGGAGAAUGGAAUCUCACAGCUCCAAAUCUGGUUGUUUCACUCGUUGGAGGGCAAGAAAAUUUUCAAAUCAAACCAUGGUUACGGGACAUAUUAAGGAAGGGUCUGGUAAAAGCAGCACAAAUAACAGGUGCCUGGAUCCUUACUAAUGGUCUGCGGAUGGGCAUAACCAGACAUGUGGGUGAGUCAGUCCGUGACCACUCAUUGGCCAGUACAUCCAAAGUUAGAGUCAUUGCAAUAGGAAUAGCACCUCUAGGAAAAAUACAAUCCAAGGAAGAACUUCUGAAUGCUAAGCAUAGCCAACCAGUAUGCUACAAAACGGAUGAGUCGAGCCAAGGACCAUGCUACUCACUUGACAGAAAUCACUCCCACUUCAUUCUGGUGGAUGAACAGAAUGACCCAGGAAGAGCUACAGAACUAAUACUGAGAUUAGAAAAACACAUUUCAGAACAGCGAACUGGGUAUGGAGGCUCUGGAAGUAUAGAAAUACCUGUGUUAUGUAUGCUAGUAAAUGGAUGCCCAAAGACUUUAGAAAGAGUCUACCAAGGAAUGAAUAACUCCACUCCGUGGCUGAUACUUGCAGGAUCGGGAGGUACUGCCGAUGUGCUAGCUUCAUUAAUGAAUGAACCUCUUGUUCCUGAAGCUGUUUUACAGCAUUUCCGGGAAAAAUUUCCUAAGGAAAGUUUCUCCUGGGAAGAAAUUCUCAAAUGGACCGAACUUAUUCAGAACAUUAUGGAAAAGCAGCACCUUCUAACAAUACAUGACCUUGAACAGGAGGGGUCUGAAGAAUUAGACACAGUCAUUCUGAAGGGUUUAGUCAAAGCAUGCAAAAGUCAAUCUCAAGAAGCAUCGGAAUACCUAGAUGAACUUAAGCUUGCUGUCGCCUGGAACAGAGUUGACAUCGCUAAGAGUGACAUUUUUAAUGGAGAUGUUGAGUGGAGGUCAUCUGACUUGGAAGAAGUAAUGAUGGAUGCCCUGGUGAAUGAUAAGCCUGAAUUUGUCAAGCUUUUCAUUGAUAAUGGCAUGAACAUGUAUGAGUUUCUAACAUAUGGUCGGUUACAGGACCUCUAUUGCUCGAUUUCUCAGAAAUGCCUUCUGCAUGAACUACUACUAAAGAAACAUGAAGAGAGUAAACUGACAAUAACAACAAACAGCUAUUCAGGACUAGAGAAAAAGCCCAGAUUCAGCCUUUAUGAUGUUUCCAGAGUUCUCAAAGAUUUUCUGCAUGAUGCAUGCAAGGGAUUUUACCAGGACUGCAAACAGACAGGAAACAAAAAAACAGAAAAAAGUAAAUAUCGAUUAAGUGGACAAAAGUUGCUUCCAGAUAUGAACCAGCAAUGUGAAAAUCUGUGGCGAGAUUUGUUUUUAUGGGCAGUACUUCAGAAUCGACAAGAAAUGGCCAACUAUUUCUGGGCAAUGGGUCAAGAAGCUGUACCUGCUGCUUUAGCAGCCUGCAAAAUUCUUAAAGAAAUGGCUCAUCUUGAAAAAGAGGCUGAAACUGCACGAAGUAUGAAGGACAACAAAUAUGAGCAAUUUGCUUUAGAAUUGUUCAGUGAGUGCUACACAAACAGUGAAGAACGUGCCUUUGCUUUGCUGGUAAGGAAGACCAAAUACUGGAGCAAAGCAACUUGCCUACAGCUAGCUACAGAAGCAGAUGCUAAAACAUUCUUUGCACAUGAUGGUGUACAGGCUCUGUUAACAAAAAUCUGGUGGGGAGACAUGUCAACAGACACCCAAAUAUGGAAGCUAAUCAUGGGGUUCAUAUGUCCACCAUUGAUCUACAGCAACAUAAUAAAAUUCAGUGAAGAAGAACAGCAGCCUUCUGAAGAUCCUCAGAUGCUGAAAGAACUUGAAGCCCAAGAGACAGAAAAAAAUGCACUUUUUACUGAUAAGGUAGCAAGAGAGAAACCAGAAAAGCCCAACCAUAAUGAAAACCAUCUCUGUAAAACAUUUUUGCUGCCACGAUGGAAGAAAUUCUGGAGUGCACCUGUCUCUGUCUUCUUUGGAAAUGUUAUACUGUACUUUGCAUUUCUAAUUUUAUUUGCUUAUGUCCUGCUGGCUGACUUUCAAAAACCUCCACCUGAGGGGCCUUCAGUGUCUGAGAUCAUACUUUACUUUUGGGUGUUUACUCUGGUCUUGGAAGAAAUCAGGCAGAGCUUUUUUACUGAUGAAGACAUUAAUAUAGUGAAGAAAUUUCAACAGUACGUUGAGGAUAACUGGAAUAAGUGUGACAUGGUAGCCAUUAUUCUGUUUAUCGUUGCUGUCACCUGCAGAAUGAUGGAGUCAACCUAUGAAGCUGGGCGCACUGUACUUGCUCUUGAUUUUAUGGUAUUUGCUCUGAGAUUGAUACACAUUUUUGCCAUUCAUAAGCAGCUUGGGCCAAAGAUCAUUAUUGUGGAGAGAAUGAUGAAGGAUGUUUUCUUUUUCCUCUUUUUCCUGAGUGUAUGGCUGAUUGCUUAUGGGGUCGCUAAUCAAGCCUUACUUCACCCCAACGAAACACGUGUAGAUUGGAUCUUCAGAAGAGUUCUCUACAGACCCUAUCUGCAGAUAUUUGGGCAGAUUCCCCUGGAGGAAAUAGAUGUUGCUAGGAUGAAUGAUGUUAACUGCACCACAGACCCAGUCAAGAUUAUGAUGGGAAAUUUAGAGCCAUGUCCUAAUCGAUAUGCAAACUGGCUGGUUAUACUGUUACUGGUCAUCUUCCUGCUGGUUACCAAUGUCCUGUUACUGAAUCUCCUAAUUGCAAUGUUCAGCUAUACAUUUCAAGUUGUUCAGGGAAAGACAGAUAUCUUCUGGAAGUUCCAGCGCUACAAUCUGAUUGUCGAAUAUCAUAACCGACCUGCCCUGGCUCCUCCGUUCAUCAUCCUAAGUCAUAUCAGCAUGAUCAUCAGGUCGAUUUUUAAUAAGGCAGGAGACAAGAAGGAGCACUUUGAAAGGGAGAUGCCAGAAAGCCUUGAUCAAAAACUUAUUACCUGGGAGGCAGUACAGAAGGAGAACUACCUUGCAAACUUAGACAAAGAAAAACGAGAAAGUAGCCAGGAGAGACUAAAGAAAACAUCUACAAAGGUAGAGGCUUUGCUAAAUAUGGUCAGUGGUUUUAAAGAACAAGAAAAGCGACUUGUAGCUGUUGAACAUAAGAUGAAGUACUGCACUGAUGUCCUGAACUGGAUGACUGACUCUUUUGCACAAAACAAUAUAAUCUGCAACAGACCUCCUCCAAGAUAUUCUAGUCCUGCAGCUUCUUACUGUAAAACUUCCAAGGCCAGCUUAACACAUGACAGAAGCAUGGACAACAGCCAGAGAGACCUUUUUCACGCUGAAAUGACGUUUAUUGAUGAAUGAGCACUGCCUAAAUUAACAUUCACAGUAAAAAUGGACCUAAGCUUAAAUUCAAAAGCUGAAAUUGAAAACAUUUUACUUAAUACUCUAUGCUUAAUUUAUGUAAUGUGUUACCUUCCAAUAAUACCUGCCAUACAAGAAUGUUAAUUUUAAAAAUUACUU